CCCUCGCUUACCAGACAAAAAGAAUCAACGCAGUGCUCGAUUGUUGUCGGGAUAAUCAAUAAUAUGGCCUGAAAAGACACCACUCGUUUUAUAUCGAACAAAUGCUCAAAUAAAUGUAUUCGAGUAGUCUGAUGAUGUUUGCACAUCGCAAGAAAUGCGUCUUGAGAUUUCUGUACUCGAUUAGCGUGGUCUGACUAGAGAUGCUAACAUCCCAUUGAUUGAUAUCCACUUACGCUCCACACUGACAUCUACAGAGAAAACAUCACCAGCUUCAACAGUGAAUGUACAAUGCGUGGUGGGGAUUUAAAUCUGACGAAGACCAACAUUCUCUGGAGAUCAGACAAGGCAUUCGGCUGCUUCUAUCUGGGAUCAACCAACACCGUCUAAAAAGGUUAGCAGCAUGCAUGCCAACAAUGAGCAGAAAUUCUAGCAACGGAUCUCGGCAGCUAGCUAGUUAAAUUGUUUUUCUAGCUCGUUAGCAAUAAGCUCGCUAACGUAGACAACGACGGGUUGAGCUAACAAUUUAGUAGCAAAACAACGUAGCUAGUUAUCCAUAUAGAAUUUGUGGAGGGUUACCAAUUGUAAUGUGGGAAUUGAGGAAUAUUACAAAUGUAUCUAACGUUAGCAAAUUGCAUUUCUGAGCUGUGGUUUAUUAGCUAACGUUAACUAGCCCGCGAGACUGCUAACGUUAGCUAAUAUGCUAACGUUAAAUAGCAGCCACCUAAGUUUGUUGGCUGGCUAGGUAGCUACAGUUGUAGUAAUAUUAUUUACUUUAAUAUCAGUUGUGUGUUAACAUUAUCCAACCAUCAAAUAGUGUAACUGAAUGUGGAACUCUGGCGAGCGUGUGUCAUUUCACACUAACAAGUAGCUAGAAAACCAGUAGUAGACAGGCAAGCUUCAUAUGAGACAAUAGAAAAACCGAAACGGGUACAGCCCAGAUACAUAGGUGCAUAACAAAUAUUUAUUCUAUCUGGAUUGUUUUGGACGUUUUCAUUAUGUGCCUUGCUAUGACCGAACAAACUAAUAUACCAAAUUGACCUCCUAUAGGGAUAAAAUAAUAAAUCCAUAUUUGGAACGUUUUUAACUGACGGUGACGCGCAACACAGACCAAGAGAAGGUGCACGAACGAACUUAUUCACGAACGACCGUAGAGAGGACGGCUCGAACACCCGCUGCUUCCAGUUUUACCUACGCCCCAAUCCGAGCGGUUCAUGCGAAGGAAGGGACUCCAGAACAGGCCGAUUACGAAGAUAGCAAGGCGAGGGAAAUAGGCUACGGCAAACCUCCAUCUCGCCCAGAUACCUCCAUUACGUCCACCUACCACCGCCCCUUCAGCCAUGGACCCCCCGAGGACUCGGUCGCGGUCACGGUCAGGUUUUUUUCACUAUGGCAUGAACGGUGGUGGCAACAGCAAUAACGCAAUCAACAACGGGAACAUGAAUGCCAGCGGAGGGAUCGGGGUGAACUACCCGCAACAGAACAACACCGGCUGGGCUCCGCACACAGCGCGCAGCUAUACAGAGAACCAGCACACCCAGGGGAACUACCUGUCUAGCGGGGCGCAACGCCACGCUUCGCAUGGAGCACACAGACACCCCGGCACUGGUGUCCUUCACUUCCACCCUGAUAACGUCUGCAGUGAUGAGCGGGACAAGAUGGAGGACAGUCCUAGCCCUAAGCGACAGCGUCUUUCCCAGCAGUCUAUGUUAGAUCUAAGCUCUGCCCCUCCCCCCACCCCAUCUUCUCCCAUUCGUCCCUGGGAGCUACCCCACACCCCCACUACCUGGGCCCCACCCCCACCCAGUCGCAGACCACACCCACACUACCUGCCAGAGCGAUGCCACACUCCUGUCCGCAACCGCCGCAGUCCUCCAAUGAGACGCCAGCGAGGCCGCCGUGACCGUCUCCCCCACCACCAACCCCCCCACCCUCAUCACCACCACUACCACCACCAUUACCACAACCCACACCAUCACCCCCACCACAGCCUCUCAGCAGGGCUUCAGGAUGAGAACUACCGCCACCCUGUCCCCCCUCAGAGUUACCCCUAUAACCAGCCUGAGGAGCGCCCCUACCACCCCCCCAACCUGUCCCCUCGCCCCCUCCACCACCCUGCUAACCUGUCCCCCAGGCUGAUGCACCCUCACCCCCCUCAGCAGCAGAGCAGUAUGGUGCUGGACCUCCAUGACCAGGUGUCGUACCCAGUCUCUCCCCCUGGCGGCCCCCCCGGCCUGCCCUCCCACUCGGCCCCCCAGCAGCUCCCAGCAUGCUCGGUGGUCUUUAGUGGGCAGCACUACCCUGUCUGCAGUGUCCCUCCAUCUGUUCUGCAGACGUGCUCUGUGCAACAUCUGCCCAUGCCCUACCCGUUCCCCUCUCUGCUGUCCAGUGACCCCACCUUUCUCCUGCCCCCUCCCCACCUGUCCCACCAUCCCCCUCACAUCCCCCAGCCCGGACAGUUUGGAUCCUACCCCACACAGCAGGCCAGAUCGCCGUUACAGAGGAUAGAGAAUGACGUGGAGCUGUUGGGGGAGCACUUGUCGUUAGGGGCGGGUCUACACUACCCCCCUGCGGCCCACCCCGGCCUGCCCCCCCACUCCACUCAGCUCCAUUUCCUCUCCCAUGAGCCUCUUCCACAGGAGUUCUUUGGAGUGUCGUAUCCUAACUUCAUGCCACGACGAAUCCCAGGACGACGCUACCGCUCGCAGCAGCCACUGCCACCCUCGCCUUACCACCCCAGUUUCCUGCCUUACUUCCUCUCUAUGCUGCCAGUCCAGCCUACAGGCCCUGCCAUCAGCCUGGAGCUAGACGUAGAUGACGGAGAGGUGGAGAACUACGAGGCUCUUCUCAACCUGGCCGAGCGUCUGGGAGAGGCCAAACUCCGAGGACUGACUAAGGGAGACAUCGAGCAGCUGCCUUCCUAUAGGUUCAACCCCAACAACCACCAAUCAGAACAGACGCUGUGUGUGGUGUGUAUGAGUGACUUUGAGUCUCGUCAACUGCUGCGAGUUCUACCCUGCAGUCAUGAGUUUCACGGGAAGUGUGUCGACAAGUGGCUCAGGGCUAACAGGACGUGUCCCAUCUGUAGGGCUGAUGCCUCUGAGGUCCAGCGAGACUCAGAGUGACCACCAGGGGGAGUCAACCACUGACUGUCAGACAGUUUUCGCACUGCCCCCCCAUCUCUUUUCCUCCUCCUGUAACUCUGCUUUCAUCUCAUUUUACUGCCCCUCCACCUUCAAUCUCUUUUUGAAGUGUUUCCUCCUCCUGUAACCCUGCCCUCCAUUUCUCCUUUAGCUCUCUUGCCCUUCUGUUUUCUUCAUCCUCACACGCCAUUCCCUCUGGUCUGGCACACCCCCCUUGUGUUUCUCUAGCUCUGGAUGUCCCUCAGCUGAACCCGCUGGAGGGUGGCUGGGUGUGUGCGCGCACAAGCUAAUGUCCAUCCGUAUGAUUCCUGUCCUUGGUAUGUGCCAGCGUUUGGUUUGUGUGUAUGAGAGACUGUAUUUUUAGUUAGUCUCUGAUCAUGUAUUUGUGUGUUUAGACUUGGGUAUCCACAUGUAUUUGACACUUAAGGGCCCAUGCCACUCCGCUGCCUCUCUGUAGCCUGAGCUAGUUGCUUUUUGUUUAGUUUCUCUGCCUGGCAGUUUACCUCAUCAUUCCUGUUGGUCAUUGUUACCACGACGACACGCUUCACUGUAUUCCUCUGAAGUUUCUCAUAAUUUUUCUUUAUUUUUGUUCCUUAAAAGAUGAUUAGUUUCUCUGACUUUGCAGUGGCACAUGUGUUAUAUACUGUAUAAAUAUAUGAAUAUCUGUAUACCAAAUAAAAGGCUUGAUAUGAACUUUUUAAAAAAAAUCACAUUUUUGGACUGUUUUUUAAAAAUGAAUUAUGAGAUGUGAUGCAGUUGGGUUUGAUUGUGCUGGAUUGAUUAGUCUGUUCUGGAUGUUAGACUUUACGUGGUGGUUAAUUAAUAAAAUACAUGAUACACACUGA